ACAGGACACGGUGGCAGGAUCCUUUUGUCAUCUGACUCUUCAACAUGAGCGGGGCAUACUAUCAAGGGUUUGGAGGUGCCAUAGAUCCAAAUGAAACGAGAAUUGUUCUAGUGGGGAAGACCGGAGUAGGGAAGAGUGCCGCAGGAAACACCAUCCUGGGUAGAGAAGCAUUUGAGUCAGAACUGUCUCCGUCUUCACAGACGUCUGAGUGCAAGAAAGCCAAGGGAGAUGUCGACGGACGAAAAGUUGCUAUCAUUGACACUCCAGGGUUGUUUGACACCAAUUUCACUCAAGAAGAAGCAUUGAAGAGGAUCAAGAUGUGCAUCUCUCUGUCCUCUCCUGGUCCUCAUGCCUUCCUGGUGGUUCUUCAGCUUGGCAGAUUCACCCAGGAGGAGAAAGAAACCGUCAAAAUGAUUCAGACCACUUUCGGUGAAGAUGCAGCUAAAUACACAAUGGUGUUGUUCACACAUGGAGAUCAGCUGAGGAAGCGAUCCAUUGAGGACUUUAUUUCCGAGAGUCCUGACCUGAAAGCCAUCAUUCAAUCCUGCUACAAUCAAUACCAUGUCUUUAACAAUGAAAUCAAAGACCCUAAACAAACAAAUCAGCUCAUGGACAAAAUUGACAAGAUGAUCAUGGCUAACAGUGGAACACACUACACCAACGAAAUGUUCAUGAGAGCAGAGGCAGCCAUAGAGAAGGAGAAAGAGCGUAUCCUGAAGGAGCUGGAAGCACAGAGGCAGAGAGAGCUGGAUGAACUGAGAGCCAAAUACGUAAAGGAAGUCUACCACAAGAAGGAGAAGCUGGUGCAUACCAGAUAUGAGUAUGAAGCCAGAGUCCGGGCUGAAAGAUCAAAUGAGUUUGUAAAUGCACCAGUAAUCGCAAUAGCAACAGCCUGUGGUGCUGCUGUCGGAGGUCUGCUUGGAGUUGCAGCAGGGCCUAUUGGUUUGGUAAUUGGAGUCGCGGCUGGAGCAGCUGUUGGAGCUACUGUUGGUGCCAUAUCACUGAAAGUCUCAGAGCGUUGCCAUGUUCAGUAAAGACAGUAGAGCAUUAAAUGAUGAUGUUAAUAUUUGAUUGUUUUCCUGGGAAAAUGUAGUCAGGUGUAAUCUGCUUAUUUGCUUCUUAGUAAUUCUUAGUAAUGACUCUCAAUCCUAAAUUGAACUGGGUAUGGCGGUAACGUGUUCCACAUGUGCCACAGCCGUCGUACCUGUUCUAAACAAUGACUAGACAGAGCAGAUCGAGCUGGCCGGAAGGCAAACACAGAGACAGCACAGCGAAUCAGAGCAAUUUUCAAAAUAAAACAUCCUGUGCAGACUCUGGAUUGUAGCCUACUUCAGAAUCAGAAUCAGAAAUACUUUAAUAAUCCCGGGGGGAAAUUAUUUAGGUAUUUUAGGUAGAAGAAUAUAAACCAAGGAAAAUAACAGAGUCUUAGCAAGUUGAUGAAGUCAAAAGCUCAGCUUCUCAAACACUCCUGGUGUGAUAUGAAGCCACAUGGAGAACGCGGAGAACCAAAUCAGCAUCAAAACGUCACAGAGCCGUGCCCGAUGGGGUCAUAAUCAGUUUUUGUUAAUUGCUGAAACAUUUUCCACCUGAAAUAAAUGAAGCUAAUUAAUUUGUAAUAUCUUCCAUCAUUAACACAGUCUUGACUACAUGAUAUUUCUGUAAUAUAAGUUCAAUAAUUAAUCUGCUUACCAUGAUGGAUGAAGAUGACUGAAUGAUUCUGUGUGUAAGAUCUAAAUAAAUGACUUUAA